CCUCCAAGUGAGAUACAGGUGGAGGAGGGUCGUCGUGGAAACCGUUUGAGUAACUGAGAAGGUGGAUAAUCGGCCGGCAGUUGCUAUGAGCGACGAGAUGAAGAAGGAGGAGGAGGAAAACGGAGGUGCUGCCCUCUUCUCCCCUCAGUUAAAGGCCAUGAUCCGUAUACGGAACAAAUACUUAAAGAGGAGGCGCAUGGACAUUGGCUCCGGACAUAAAGCUUCAGUGGUGAGACUGGGUGCUCAACACCCUCCCGGUCCAGAAAUCUUCACCUUCGACAAGGAGAACAGCCACGGAAGCCCCCACAGGCGGAAAAAGAAGAGGAGGUCCCGCGUGCUGUUUCCAAACGACAGCCGGAAGUUUAUGCCGAAGAAUAGAGAGUAUAGUCGCGCUAAACCGUUCCUGGCUCUCUUCAGCAUCAUCGUCUUCCUCCAGGUGUAUAACGCCAUAGAAAACCUAGAUGACCAUGUACUGAAGUAUGACCUGGAUGGUUUGGAGAGAACGUUGUCCAGGGAAGUCUAUGGCCAGCAGGCGGCGCUAGAGGAGCUUAUGGGGCACCUGAGGGACUACCUGUCCACCUAUGUCCACCAACAGCCACUGCUCCUAUCCAUACACGGGCCCAGCGGGGUGGGAAAGAGUCACCUGGGGCACGUGUUGGCGCGCCAUUUCCGCUCGGUGGUCGGCGAGGGUUUGGUGGUGCAGUAUUUCAGCCUGCACAGCUGCCCUCUGGAGGGAGACCCAGAGAACUGCGCGUCCGAACUAGCCUCGCGUAUAACCGAGGUGGUGAAGGUUGCAGAGGAAGAAGAGAGAAUUCCGAUCUUCAUCCUCGAUGAGGUGGAGGCCAUGAGGACACCAUCGUUGGAAGUUCUGAGGACGCUGAUCCAACCAGAACAGGACAACGAGUUCCAGAACGCUGUCUAUGUUCUUCUGAGCAACCUGGGGCAGAAAGAGGUCAUCGCCCACAUUCUGCAGAACUUCACGGCCGCCGGGGCCGCCCGACUGCUCAGGCCGAUUCUGACCCAACACCACGCGCUGUGGUCGGACGGCAAGGUGGAGGUUCUCGCCCUCUCGCUGCUGGAGCAGAAGCAUGUGAUUCAGUGCUUUCUAGAGGAGAUGACCCGUGAAGGGUUCUACCCGGACCAGUCCCACGUGGAGAGAUUGGCAGGCGAGAUUUCAUACUACUCUGUUGCAGGCAGACAAUAUUCCCAAAGUGGCUGCAAACAGGUGGUGGCCAAGGUGAACAUGUUGUAAG